AUGGGCAUAUCUCUGGAAUCUCUUCAUGACAGUCUGCUUCAGUACUUCAAUAUUCUCAAGAACAGUCUAGUCGAAUUGAUAAACCAGGAUUACGCUGACUUUGUGAAUCUUUCGACAAACCUCUUCGGCUUGGAGAAGAUCAUAGACAGCCUCGAGAGUCCCCUUGUCCAUGUUAAGGAGUCUGUAUUGCCCAUUCCACCACUCGUCUGGCUGACUGUGUAG